CCAAUGAAAAAUCCAGGCAUUAGGAAGAUGGCCGCUACAUAUCACUGAAACAUCCCUUUUUGUCCCUGCUAUAUUUGGGAUCUGGGUUCCUCCGACUGGGGAGGGACUCUCUAGGUUUCUCCCGUCCCUUUCAGCCUCCCCUCCACUGACAGCAGGAACCCCAAGAGGAUACCAGGACACCAUGUCGCUGGAAAUGGAGUCAGUGACCUUUGAGGAUGUGGCUGUGCACUUCACCAUGGAGGAGUGGAUUAUGCUGGAUCUAUCGCAAAAGGACCUCUACAAAGAUGUGAUGAAGGAAAUAUUGAGAAACAUGGUGUCAAUAGGAAACACAAGGAAACACCAAAAGAUUGAAAAUGAAUACCAAAAUUCUGAGAGAAAACUAAGCUGUCAACUGGUAGAGAAACUACAUGACUGUAAAGAAGGUCAUAAGUGUGCAGAAAUCUUCAACUUCUCUAUGGAAGGCACUGUGAACCAUAAAUUUUAUCCAGGAGUACACAUAUGUAAAAGAAAUGAGUUUGUAAAUGUCGUCAUUGGCCAUUUAGCUUUAAGUGUCCGGCUAAAACCUAGGCCAGGGCAGCAAUCAAAUGGAGUUCAGGAAGGUGGAAAGGAGUUGGAUAAUAAUAAGGAAUCUGAGAAGACCUCCAGCUCUCCCGCCUCUUUUCAGAAGCAUGAAAGUACUGACACUGGCGAGGAAUCUAAUAAAAAUAAGCAGUCUAAUGAAGACUUAAGCCUUGGUCAAAGUCAUGAAAAGACUACGGCUGAAGAAAAACACCAUGAAUGUAAGCAGUGUGCGAAAACUUUUACUUCCCUCAGGUCCCUGAAGGGGCAUGAACAUCAUUACCAUGCAAAAAAAUCCUUUGCAUGUAAGCAGUGUGGGAAAGCCUUCCCUUUCCCCAGUUCCCUGCAAGUACAUGAAAGGAUCCACACUGGAGAGAAGCCCUAUUUGUGUAAGCAGUGUGGGAAAACCUUUGCGUAUUCCAGUUCUCUUCUAAGACAUGAAAAAAUUCACACCGGCACAAGUUCCCAUAAGUGUCAACUAUGUGGGAAAACCUUCACUCGUUUGAAUUCUCUUUUAAGGCACAAACUAAUCCACACUGGCGAGAAGCCCUAUGCAUGUAAUCAGUGUGGGAAAAGCUUUUCUCGUUCUGCUUCCCUUCAAAGACACACAAGAAUCCACACUGGAGAGAAACCCUAUGUAUGUAAGCAAUGUGGGAAAGGAUUCAUCACUUCUACUUAUCUUCAAGUACAUGAACGAACUCACACUGGGGAAAAACCUUAUGUAUGUAAGGAGUGUGGGAGUGCCUUCAUGCUUUGGACUCAAUUUCAAAAACAUAAAGUAACUCACAGUGGUGUGAAUCCCUAUGUCUGUAAGCAGUGUGGGAAAGCUUUCACUCGUCUGGGUUCACUACAAAUACAUGAAAGAAUUCACACUGGCGAGAAGCCCUAUGUGUGUAAGCAGUGUGCAAAAGCCUUCUUGUCUUUGAAUCAGUUAAGAAGACAUGAAGUAACCCACAAUGGCAUCAAACCCUAUGAGUGCAAACAAUGUGGGAAGGGAUUUGUAUCUUCUACAACCUUUCGAAGUCAUGUAAAGAUACACAGUGGAGAUAACCCGUAUGUGUGUUCACAGUGUGAGAAAGUUUUGAGUUCUGACAGUGCUUUGCGGAAACAUAAAAUGAUUCACACCGGAGAGAAACCUUGUGUAUGUAAGCAGUGCGGUAAAACAUUCACUCAUUUAAGUUCUCUUCAGUAUCAUGCACUGAUGCACAGUGGAGAGAAACCCCAUGAAUGUAAGAAAUGUGGGAAAGGCUUUAGGUCUCUUAGCCACCUUAAAAAGCAUGAAAGAACUCAACACUGAAUAGAAACUUUAUGCAUGUAAACAAUAUGGGAAAGCCUUUACUUAUUCUCAUUGGCAUAAUGUUUACACAUUUUAAAUGGCUGGGUUGCUUUCGCAUAAGCAACCUCACUCUGAAGGUAAGUCUACCAAUGUGUGAAAGCCUUCUAUCAUACUGAUUUCUUUUUUUUUUUUUCCCUACUGAUUUCUUAAAAAACAAAAACAAAACAAACUUGAAACAGCCACAAUGGAGGGGAACUUUUUUUAAAAAAAAAUAACAUGGAAAUGAUUUUUGUACUAAAAGUUUUCUUCAAGUCCAUGAAGGAAGUCACACUAGAGAAAAGCCCUAGGAAUGCAGGUGACGUUUAAAUCUUUGCAGUCCCAGACCAUGGCAAAGACAUGCCGCAGAUUAUACUGCAGAAAACCCUUUGCAUGUCUGCAGUGUAGAAACCCAUUACUUCUUCCCUGCUUCCUUCAAAUAAGUCAACUAGAGGGGACUAGAGAGAUGACUAAGCAG